UUUUAAUAACGCCAACAAUGAUAUGUUUUCUAGAGUAUUUUCUGGAACGGAACAAGUAAAUGUUGGAACUGAACAGAGAAGGACUAGCAGUCCCGACUUUAAUAAAAUUCCAAAUAAUUCUUUGAAUGCUGUAAAUUCUCAAAUCGAAUCACAAAAUUCUAUUGGAUUGGAUUUACAAGGAAUAGACUUUAAUCUUUGCUCAAUUGCUGGCACUGAAAAUCAGGUCACCUCUCAAGCGAGUGCAACAGAUUCUACAACGUUUUCGUCUAUUCCUCCUGCUUCUGAUGCAAAGAAAUCAACAAGUGAAAUAUUGGCUCUUUUCAAUAAAUAA